GGGGGGGGGGGGGGGGGGUGUUGAGCUUCUUCGGGGAUUGUUUGUCCCGGCCGUUCUUCUUCUCCCCCGUCGGAUGAGUUCAUCAUCGGGCCGUCUGCGCGGCUCAAAUCCUGCGUGCCCGUCUUGUCGUGGUCUUUGUGCCUCUAUUGGCGCAGGACUGUAUACACUGCAGGAGGUCAGUAUUGUCUGUUGAUGGAGUAAGCAUCUGAGUAUCACGUCACAAGUGUUAUUCGUUCUGUCCUUGAUUUGCCCUGGCCUAAGAUAGUCGCUCCCUGAAGGUCAAAAGUACGGCCGGUUUCUCUAAUGUGAGUUGCAAUCGGAGAGCCCGAGUCUAGCCUCCGAGUUGCCAACUUGUGUUCGUGUAGGGGGGUCUGCAAUUUUCGUCCGGUUUACUCAACGUAGCUGCGGUCCCCACAAUUUUACAACUUAUUUUUAGGCAACUGCCGAGGUUUCGACGAGUAUUAGCGUGUCCUUACGUCACCCGCCUCACACGGAUCUACUUAUCGGUUCACGUGUCGGAUAGUUUCGUCUAGGAUUAAUUUCCAGUCACAUUACAGCCCAACUCGGUUCUCCUCGUUGGCAUCCUAUGUUCCUCAGACGAUUAACAAAACAGGGAUAAAAAAGGAGAUAAGCACUUUUCCAGCACAAGACGUUUUAUUACAAGUUCCGUUCGGGAAAAUAGCGCAAUUAUAAUGGAAAUUUGGAAGAACGCCCAGGUGACUUCUGAACGGCUGGGUGGAGUUAAAAGCAUGAUAGACCAUUUGCAUAUGUUUAUUACUCAAAAUGGCAGGAAUUUCAUUGGAUAGCUGAAGUUUUUUUGACAAACCAGGGCGGGCAGUUUUAUUGAUACAAAAGUCUUCCCAAGCAAACUCGAAGUAGCGAACGCUGUGAUUUGAAACCGUGACCCCCUCAACAUGGGAAUUCCCUCCUUAGGAUUUCUGGAACUGAUCAACAACAUCCUGACAACUGGAGCUUUGGUAGCUCUGUUUUCCGAGGAGGACAAAGACGGCAUAAUUAAUAACGUUUGGCCGACCGCGGAAGCGGCCAUCAAGGCGAUCGGUGGAGCAACAGCCUCCGUGACCAAGGAGUCAGUCUGGAAGUGGUUCCACAAGAACUGCACCGCUCGUCUCCACUUGGCUCUUUGUAUGAGCCCAGUUGGUGACAACCUUCGAAACCGGUGCCGAAACUUUCCGGGCCUUGUGAACUGCACCACCAUCGACUGGUUCUUCCCAUGGCCAGAGCAGGCCUUGUUCGCCGUCGCCUGCAGUCUAAUUGAUCCGAAGGUAUCGUCAACUUUUAUGGCUUCUAAGUAA